AUGGCCAGCCAUGUGCAAGAUGAAAAGUUACUUAUUCACUGUUUUCAAGACAGUCUGAAAGGAUCUGCCGUCAAGUGGUACAACCAAUUAACUAGGGCUCACAUUAAAUCAUGGAGAGACUUGGCAAAGGCUCCGUACUUAGGGCAUCUGCUUGGAAAUGCCACCAAAAACUUUGCUGAUCUAUUUAUCUCGGGGGAGCUCAUCGAGAACGCUAUAAAAAGUGGCAAGAUCGAGGCAAUUGAUGGGUCUAGUUCGAAAAAACCAGUAAAUCGGAAAAAAGAAAAUGAAGUUAAUAAUGCAAAUGUCUACAACAAGAAUACUUCAAAAAGUGUCACAAUAACCCAACCCAGAGCUGAAAGGAAUGACACGAACAUCACCAGAAAUGAUUCCAGGGGACCUCACAAGGAGAAUGAGAGAAUGUCCUUCACACCACUACCAGUACCCUACUCUGAGAUAUACGCCUCGUUAUUAAAGGCAGAUGUGGUACGCCCCUAUCGUUUGACUCCUCUGCAACCGCCGUACCCUUAUUGGUAUGACGUAAAUACACAAUGUGAUUACCACGAUGGAAUUGCUGGUCACUCUAUUGAGAACUGUUUGGCCUUCAAAAAGGUUAUACAAAAUCUGAUUAAUACUGAGGGAUUGCAAUUUGAAUCACCAAAUGUAUCGACACACCCAUUACCAAAUCAUGGAGGUAAAGGUGUGAACGCAGUCCAUGAGGAGAAUAGGAGAAAAGCGAAUAUGGUCGGCAUGAUUCAACAAGAUCCUAAACCAAAGCCCAAUGAAUGUGGAAAUUAUUAUGAAUAUCACCAAGAAGAAGGGCACAAAAUUCAGCUUUACCCUAAAUUUAGGGGGUUACUACAAAAGUUGAUGAACAACAAGGAAAUAGAAUUCUUUAAUAAAGACGAGGAAAAAAGAGGAGAAAAUAUCUACACAACAGAAAAUUCCAAGCCAAUGCAUAUAACAAACAAGCUUGUGGUCAUCACUGUGAGACCAUCUGUAAUGAAUUACGUGUCAGUGAAGCCAAAAGUUGUUAUCACGGCCCCUUCACCAUUUCUGUUUAAAGAUACCCGCAAGGUGCCUUGGAACUACACUGCAAAUGUUUCAAUGAUAAGGGAAUCUGGUUUGAUAGAGGAAACAAAAGUAGCUGAAGAAAACGAUAAAACACCAGGAAGCAACUUGAUGAAUGAAAUAGUGAGUGAAGUAGGGCACUUUACAAAAAGUGGUAGGUGCUACUCUACCGAAACAUCAAAAGAAACAGACAAGGUGAAAGCAAAAGGAAAAGCAACAGUGGUACCAUAA